AUGCUGGUGAAGAAGCCCGUGGGGAAGGGAGCGGGACGAGAGGCUGGAUCCGAGGAGCCCGGCCCCUCCUGGCAGCGUUGCACCCGCGCCAUGCCCCCGUGCGCCAUCCUGGCGACCCUCCUCUCCGGGGUGGCCGUGAUUUCUUGUCUGUACCUUGGGGUGAAGACCAACGACCUUCAGGCAAGGAUCGUCGCCCUGGAAUCCGCUAAAGGGGCGCCUUCCGUUCCCCUGCUGUCCGAGACUGUGGAUCAGCUGAAGGCCAUAGUACAAGAGAAAGUGGAGCGACUCCUGGCUCAGAAAUCCUAUGAACACAUGGCUAAAAUAAGAAUCGCAAGAGAAACACCUUCUGAGUGCAACUGUCCAGCAGGUCCCCCAGGGAAACGAGGGAAGAGGGGCCGAAGAGGAGAAUCUGGUCCUGCUGGUCAACCAGGUCCUCAGGGUCCCCCUGGACCAAAAGGUGAUAAGGGAGAACAAGGUGAUCAGGGGCCUCGGGGCCUGCCAGGCUUCCCCACCGUGGCUGCCCUGCACAGCAAUCAGAUCGUCACCGUCAAGGGUGAUCAAGGACAGGCAGGGCCUCCUGGGCCCCCAGGCCCCCCAGGGCCAAGAGGGCCACCUGGGGACACAGGGAAAGAUGGUCCCCGAGGCAUGCCAGGAGUGCCCGGAGAACCUGGGAAGCCAGGAGACCAAGGCUUGAUGGGUCCACUGGGGCCUCCAGGACAAAAGGGUUCCAUUGGAGCACCUGGAAUUCCAGGGAUGAAUGGAGAAAAGGGUGAGCCUGGGUUGCCUGGAGAAGCAGGACAGAAUGGACUUCCGGGACUGAAGGGAGAACCUGGAGAACAAGGUGAAAAGGGAGAUGCUGGAGAAAAUGGCCCCAAAGGUGAAGCAGGCGAAAAGGGUGACCCUGGAUCAUCUGCUGCAGGAAUUAAGGGAGAACCAGGGGAGUCUGGCCGUCCAGGGCAGAAGGGCGAACCAGGCCUUCCUGGGCUCCCUGGACUUCCGGGAAUAAAGGGAGAACCUGGCUUCAUUGGACCCCAGGGGGAGCCAGGCUUACCAGGGUUACCAGGAACAAAAGGUGAACGUGGGGAGGUCGGGGCUCCUGGAAGAGGUGAGCGAGGAGACCCUGGAGUUCCUGGACCCAAGGGGGAUCGUGGAGACAAAGGGGAUUCUGGAGCUCUGGGUCCGAGGGGUCCACCAGGGCCAAAAGGGGACCAAGGAGCCACUGAGAUCAUAGACUACAACGGCAACCUCCACGAAGCCCUGCAGGGGCCCCCUGGACCUCCUGGGCCUCAAGGACUACAAGGGCCAAAGGGAGAACAAGGAUCUCCAGGAAUCCCAGGAGUUGAUGGAGAGCAGGGACUCAAAGGCUCCAAGGGAGACACAGGCGAUCCAGGCACGCCAGGUGAAAAAGGAGGAAUUGGACUCCCAGGGUUGCCGGGUGCCAAUGGAGUGAAAGGAGAGAAAGGAGACUCCGGUUUGCCGGGUCCUCAGGGACCUUCUAUCAUAGGCCCCCCAGGCCCCCCAGGUCCCCAUGGCCCACCUGGCCCCAUGGGACCCCAUGGACUUCCUGGACCAAAGGGUGACCCAGGGUUAAAUGGUGUUAAAGGAUUGAAGGGUGAAGCAGGUCAAAAGGGAGACAGAGGCCCCCUUGGUCUUCCAGGAGCAUCUGGCUUAGACGGGAAGCCAGGAUCCCGGGGUACAGAUGGUCCCAUGGGACCCCACGGCCCUGCAGGUCCCAAAGGAGAAAGAGGGGAAAAAGGAGCCAUGGGUGAACCUGGACCGAGAGGGCCCCACGGCCUGCCUGGGAAAGAUGGAGAGCCUGGUCUUGAUGGUUUUCCUGGUCCACGGGGCGAAAAGGGAGACCUGGGUGAAAAGGGAGAAAAGGGGGAAAAGGGAAAGAAAGGCAAAAAGGGGCCUAAAGGGGAGAAAGGAGAACAGGGUGCUCCUGGAUUAGAUGCGCCCUGCCCGUUGGUAUGUGUGACUCGUGGCACAGUCUCCGGACCUCGUGUGAGGAAUGAGAUGGGAGAGGAGCCGCUGGAAAGCCCAGAAACAGCAGGGUUCUGAAUGGGGUCCCUUAUCACAGACUCCGAGACCUGAGCGGAAGGUCCUUGAUGCCUUCCUCAUCUGUCAGAAGAGCCUGUCUUGGGUG